AUGUUCUAUUCGGAGACCCUGUUGUCAAAGACCGGGCCACUGGCCCGCGUCUGGUUGUCGGCCAACCUGGAGCGCAAGCUUUCCAAGUCGCACAUCUUACAAUCCGACAUUGAAAGUAGUGUCAGUGCGAUCGUGGACCAAGGCCAAGCCCCCAUGGCUUUGCGAUUGAGUGGUCAACUGCUUCUGGGCGUGGUUCGCAUCUACAGCCGCAAAGCGCGCUAUCUGCUGGAUGACUGCAAUGAGGCCUUGAUGAAGAUCAAAAUGGCCUUCCGUUUGACGAACAACAAUGACUUGACCACUACGGUCGUUGCCCCUGGUGGUAUCACCUUGCCCGAUGUGCUGACCGAAUCCGACCUGUUCAUGAAUUUGGACUCCUCCCUCCUGUUGCCGCAAACCCUCAACCUCGAACCUGAGGAACCUGCGCGCCUCGAGGACCACACCCUGGUCGACUUGGAUUUGGGCGAAGAUGAAACACCACUCGGCCACGACUUCAGUAUGGAAGUGGGUCGAGAUGCCCCGGCUCCCCGCCCCGUGGAGGAAGAUCUCUUCAGCGAUGGGGGCAAAUUCAACGAUGUCGACAACUUGCAACUGGACCUUGGCGAAGAUGAUGCUCCCCUGGAUAAGAUGGAUCUGGGUGACGACGCUCUACCCCAUAACCUUCUGCCGACGGAUGACGCCAUGGACCUCGGCGAUGAUCACGAUGAGCCUGCCCUCAACGAUGAUGAAAUCGAGCGCGAGAGUGUCCUGACCGAAAUGGCGAACGAGGAGCUAGACCACCUUGAACAGUCUCAAGCCUUUCAAUUAGACGAGAAUGUCGAAGUUGAAGAAGAUGAUGCAGUUACCGCCAAGCAUGAUCAGCAACAGCAACCGUCAAAGCGCCGCAAGGUCGUUCUCAUGCCACUGGACAAGGAAACCGACCAAAAGGUUAAGGAUGUCAGGGAACAGUACUUGACGCGCGAGGAAAUCAUGAAGCCCUCCUCGUGGCUGCCUCGGGACCCCGUGCUUCUGACUCUGAUGAACAUGCAGAAGAACGGUGAUUUUGUUUCAAAUGUGCUUGGUGCGGGCCGGGGACGUGGCUGGGCUCCGGAAUUACGUGACUUGCUUUCUUUCGAUACCAUCCGGAAGGCGGGUGAGCUGAAGCGGAAGCGCGACAGUGGAAUUGCCGACAUGGAUGUGGAUGCGGCCACUGCGCCGGCCCUGGAGCUUGGCGAAGAAGAGGCCAUUGUGCCGGUCGAUGAGGGAGUUGGUCUUGACUCUACCCUGCUUCAACGCUCCGAAAUCGAGUUCCCCGGUGAUGAGGAGGACCAGGCUCUGCGCCUGAGUGAUGACGAAGGAAUGAACCAACCAUUGGAGGAUAUCGACGACACGGUCGUUGCCGACAGUGGUCCCGUGUCGAUUGGAACGAAGCACGCCGUCCACAUUCUCCGGGAACGCCUGGGUGAAUCUGCAGCCGAGCAGAAGAAGAGCGUGAAGUUCCAGGAUCUGCUGCCGGAGAAGAAGGCAUCCAAGGCGGACGCUACCAAGAUGUUCUUCGAGGUCCUCGUGCUGGCCACCAAGGACGCCGUACAAGUUGAACAACGACCGGAGACUGUGGGUGGACCUCUGAAGAUCCGUGGCAAGCGAGCCCUCUGGGGCUCGUGGGCUGAGGAGGGGGCCAGCGGAGAAGCCGAGCAGCAGCCCGUUGAGGCCACCGCCUAA